AUGAGAGCAAAGAAAGAAAAACAUGAAGGAAUAUGUACAAUUCCAAAAGUGCCAUUCAGAGGGGCUCCAUGUAGCGAUGCAUCCGGCAAACAAAUUCCCUACAGCAUCAUGAUGAAACAGAUCAACAGCUCAAUAUCAGGAAGACUGUGGGAUGAGAACCAGCGAGCUCCAUAUUAUAAUUACAAGGACACAGAAGGCAGGGUCCAUCAGGUGUGGUAUGAUGACCCUGAAAGCAUUGCUCUGAAAGCUGCCUAUGUGGCACAGCGUGGCCUGAAAGGAAUGGGAAUGUGGAACGGAAAUCUCCUGGACUACAGUGGUGAUCCAAUCGCCCAGCAAAGAACGAUGGACAUGUGGAACGCCCUUACACCCAGUGAACACAGGGAGUCUGCUGCCGUCUUAUCACACACUGAAUAAAUGGCACACUCCAUUUCAGCAAGCCUAAAACCUUUUUAUUUAAUUGAACAUUAAUUGACAUUGCCACAUUUACUAAAUUUAAUCAUUUGCAUGACCAUAAUUUGCUGUUCAAUACUGCAUAUGAUGAUUCUAAAUCAGCAUAAGGCAGGGUUCUGCAGGUUUUAAAAGGUAAUUAGUCGUUCCAAUCAGAGCA